AUGAGCACAACUAGAUUUUCUCGCGAACCUUUCGAAGAGAGUGGGCUCUCCCUCUAUGAAGCGAUUUUUGAUCAAAGCAACGCUUUGGACAACGUCGCCUCAGAAUGGGUGAAAGCAUAUAAAGAAGAAACUGAAAAUCAUACCAACUCAUUAUUGUCGUUGAUUAACUUCAUCAUUCGGUCAUGCGGGUGUUCUGAGAUUAUAGCGAGAGAGGGUUUUGAAGAUGAUGAUGCCAUACCACAAGUCCUGGAAGAAUUACAAGAUGCGUUAAAAAAAGAACCUGUGGCCGAUUAUCCGUUAAUUUCAAGGUCCAGGGAAUUUAGAAAAUUUAGAAAGAAUUUCUUAACGUUUUUUAGACAACUUAUAGGCCAUGCAAAACAUGAUGUAUUGUAUGAUGGUGUAUUCUUUGAAACUAUUCAAAUAUGGGUAGUUCCUAUGUCAAGCUCCUCUUUUCGUCCUUUCCGACAUACUGCAACCAUCAUUGCUCUUCAUCUUUUUAGUUGUCUUUGUGAACUUGCCCAAGAAGUUCAUGAUUCGUGGACAAUUGCAUCUCGUCAGUUGAGCGUUGAAAAAAGAACCAGGGCACCCCGAAAUUCCAAAAAUAUGGAUAGAGUUAAUGAAUUGCAGUCAAAAAUUCAGGAUUUGGACAAAAAAAAAAAACAAUUAGAUAUGUACUUUGAGGAACUUUUCGAUAGUGUAUUUGUUCACCGUUACCGAGAUGUUGAAGCAAUAAUUAGGGCAGAAUGUAUAAAGGAAUUAGGUGUAUGGGUCGUUAAGUACCCUAGUCGAUUUCUGGAUGAUACAAACAUAAGGUAUAUCGGAUGGCAGUUGUCUGAUAAGUCACCAAUAGUGCGGUUGGAGUCGUUGAAAGUCUUAGAACAGCUUUAUACUAAUGAGACAUUUGUAAACGGUUUGCGAAAUUUUACCUCACGGUUCAAACCUAGACUGUUAGAAAUGGCUUUAAGGGAAAUAGAUAUAAAUGUUCGUAUAGCCAGCAUUCAAAUACUUACCAUAAUUCAUAAGAUCGGGAUGUUGGAAAGUGAAGACUGUGAUCAACUGUCACUUCUUAUAUAUUGCGAUGUAACAAGAGUAAGGAAAGCAAUCGCGUCAUUCGUAAAAGAGACACUUGAGGAUGAUUUUAUACGGGAGAGAAUCUCAAAGGUUCAAACAUUCUUAGCAACAAAUGGUGGUACGAAACGAAAACGUGUAAACGGUAGUGGCAACGCAGCAACCACUGUAAAACGAGAUUGGGUAGCGUUCAAUAUCGGUGAUGUGGAGAAUAGUAGAAUAAGUUUGGCAAUCCAAGAUCUAUGGAUAGAACUAGAUCUUUUGCAUCAAUGGCAGAAAUUAGCAGAUUAUCUUUCUAAAGAUCAUUCCAUGAUAAAUAACAGUCGGACAUCUAAAGGUGGUGGCAUUAGUACUGAUACUAUUGAAGAAUGUUAUCGUCUAAGCGAGCAGGAAGAAACUGUGUUAGUACAGGUUUUUGUCAAAUGCUUGCAAUUAAUUCUUUCGGAUAAUACGACUAAAGAUAAAAAGAAGACGGAAAACCAUAUCGACGAAAUGCGUGAUGAAAUAUCGAGAAAUAUGGUGACCAAUUUACCUAAACUUUUGACAAAAUAUGCGCCUGAUGCAGGUCGAAUAGCCGAGGUUCUACGGAUACCCAUAUUGAUGAAUCUAGAUGUAUAUUCUGAUCUGCGCAUUCACAAGGCCUAUGAGGUACUUGUUGAAGAUGUAGUGAAGCUUUAUCUAAAACACACACAUCCAGUUGUUCUUUCACAUGCUGCCGCAACAUUUCAACAUAUGAAACAAUAUAAAAAUUUUACAUCAAUGACAGAAACGAGAUUUGGAGAAUUACAAGAAGAAGUGAUUAAGACAUUCCUGAGGGAAUGUGAGGAUAAGGACUUAUUGACGAUGGAUCUUACUAGCGAUCAAGUUCAUUCACUUUGUGUAGCGUUAAAGCGCUUAGAACAAUUAAUCACAGUUGUGAAUUGUGUCGAUGCUGUAGAGGCAUGCGAUGAUAAUAACAAGAAUGUUUAUAACUGUAUUAUUCGGUUAGUUAGAAGAGGAUUGCUGGGGAAUAUAGAAGAAGAAAAGAUCGUAUCGUCUGCAAUUAAUUUUCUUUGGUACUAUAUAUUAUGGAAAGUCGUAAACAUUUUCCCAAACGAACUUGCUGUAGAAGAUAUAUCUCUUGAUGUAUUGAACGAUCUAAUUGUAAAAAGAGAUCAGAUUGUGCAGACAUUAUUUGAAGUUGGUAUAUCAUAUGAAUCCCAAGCAUUACAUAAUGUUAAGUCAACGGCACUUCGAACGUUUGGUAAUAUGUAUUGGCUAUUUUCAAGUGAUGUAUUUCACCAUUCGAACGGUACCAAUCUAUCAGAAUUAAAGUUAUCUUGUCAAUCGGAUCUACAAGAUAGAGUUGCAGAUUUUGUUGAAGAGGAAAUUGCGAACUUCAGAGAAUCAUAUAUUGAAGCAGAAUCAAAAUUUGAACGAGAAAUAAGAAAAGAGGAUGAUGAUGAAAGUGAACAGGAAGCUGAGAGGCCUGUAAAAAAAUCGAGAAACGUUGACAUGUUUAUCAAUCCUGAAGAUAAAAUCAGAAUUAUGGACGUUAUUGGUACCCUCCUCCGGGGUGUCAGGGGCGGAUGGCUUAAUAUCUCGCAUGCUGCAGUCGUUAUUUGUAAUUAUGGAACCAUUGGGAGUGACCUUGAUGAUGUGAUUAAAAAACUCCUGUUGGAAUUUAAGGAGAGAAUAUCAUCAGGUGAUGAUGCAAAAUUAUUCGCAUCUGUUUGUAUGAAGUCACUGAGGAAGUCUCAAUUUCUAUACGUGGACGGGAAAGUUAAAACAAUGAAUGCAACUGCAUCACUCGCUAGCCUAUGCGCUAGUUCGCUGCGAUUGCGAGAUGCUUCAGAUAAAUCGUUGCAUAAAGAAACGGACUAUGUUGUAGAGUUACAUCGCUCUGGAAUUCAGCAUAUUUGUUCAAUGAUAACUGCAUAUCAGAUUAUAAAUGAUUCUGAAG